AUGUAUAAAGUCAAGGUUGGACAGCGAGUUGUACGAGGAAAGGAUUGGCCUAAAAAUAAUGAAGAUGACGGUGGCAUUGGGAAUGUUGGUACUGUGUGCAGUAUUAAGAAUGACGAGGAAGUUCAGGUACAAUGGGACAGUCAAGAUGAAGUACACCAAUACAAAACUGGGAAAGAUGGCAUAUACGAGCUUCGCCUGUUCGAUAAUGCACAAUCAGGUGCAAUUCAUAGAUAUUAUACCUGCAAAUCAUGUGAUACGUUUCCCAUACAAGGAAUAAAGUGGAGAUGCCUAGAAUGUAAUGACAUCGAUUUAUGUACAUUAUGUUACAUGUCUAAAAAAGGAAACAAAGAAUGUAAAAAUCAUUCUUUUCAAAGACUAUUGGACGAUGAUUCGUUGGGCUUUGAUGUGGGACCUCGAAGAAAUCUGGAUUACAUUGCUGCAUAUGGAAUAUUUCCUGAAAAAGAAGUCAGAUACAGAGAAUAUCCCAAGAAAAAAGGAAUAAGGCACCCAGUAACCUGUACUUCCUGCGACGAUGGGGAACUGAUCAAAGGAAUCAGAUGGAAAUGCAGUGAAUGUGAAAAAAAUGAUCUCUGUACAAAGUGUUACAUGGCAGAUUAUGAUGAUUUGGAACAUCCAUAUGAACGCAAAGAGAAACCGAAUCCACAUACUCAAGGACAAAACCCGACACACAAUGAUGUAUUUAGAAGACAAAAUGCCAAGAAACAGAUGGCAGUGGGAAUUUUGCCAGGAUCUAAGGUUGUUUCUCGAAAAGGUACCGGAAUAUCCCUCCUUUAA